GACACUCGUUUUUGUUAUCUACUAUUAAAUAUCAAUCUCUUGUGUGGUCUGUGGGAAAAGACAUUCACUUUUCUAUUUCACUACACUUCAACUUCUUCACAGUACUUUGUGUUGCCCAUAAAUAUUUUUUUAAUUAAGAGAUCUUAUUCUAAGUUUCUUUGUUUCCACAAUCACUAUCCGUCAAGUAAUUUCUCUAUUUCAUUCAGAGAUCUUAUAUAUUGUUUUUAUUGUUCUUAAAUCUUCACUUUCAGAUUUUCUUUCACAGGAGAUCAUAACUUCAAUUUGUUUACUCACAUAUUGAUAGGUACAGCUGUACCGGGUUUCAAUAUUCCAACUUUCAAUCAGGAAUUUGUGAAAAAGAAGUUCCACUCAAACAAAGUAUAAGGUAGCCAUGGCAGGGCUGAUGGUUGCGGGAGCGUUUCUUACACCUGUCAUCCAAGUCAUUGUUGAGAGGGUUGCCUCAGGAGAUUACAAAGACAUCUUCAGCAAACGAUUGGUGAAUAAACUUGAAAUCACAUUGAAUUCUAUCAACAAAGUGUUGGAUGAUGCAGAGACAAAGCAGUACCAGAAUCCAAAUGUGAGGAUAUGGCUUGAUCAUAUAAAACAUGAGGUAUAUGAAGUAGAUCAGCUGUUGGAUGAGAUUGCUACAAGUGCACAACGAAAGAGAAAGGUUAAACACUUCUUUUCAUCUCUGACUAAUCAGUUUGAAUCUAGAAUAAAAGACUUACUAGAUAAGCUAGAAUAUCUUUUGAAGCAAAAUGAUGUGUUGGGAUUGAAAGAAGGAACAUGUGCUCGUAAUGAAGUUGAAGUCGGUCUGAUAUCUUCGAAAAGACUACCAACGACGUCUCUGGUGGAUGAAUCUCGCAUAUGUGGUAGACAGAGUGAAAAGGAGAAAAUUAUCAGUUUCUUACUUUUAGACAAUGGUAGUAGUAGCAACCACGCACCAAUAAUCAGCAUAGUUGGUCUUGGUGGGAUGGGUAAAACCACCCUUGCUCAACUUGUCUACAAUGAACAGGAGAUUCAAAAGAGCUUUGAACUUAAAGCUUGGGUCUAUGUUUCAACUUCAUUUGAUAUUUUUCAGCUCACUAAAGAAAUUCUUGAGCAAUUUAAUUCUGCACCAAAUGGUGAAAGCUUGGAAAUACUCCAACGUCGUUUGGAAGAGACGGUAACAGACAAAAAAUAUUUGCUUGUUCUAGAUGAUAUUUGGAACACAAAUGAGAAAAGUUUGGAGCAGUUACUAAUUCCCUUUAACAAAUGUUCUUGUGGAAGUAAGAUUAUUGUGACAACAAGAAGUAAAGAUGAUGCAUUAGCCAUGGAUUCUGCCGAGUUACUUGAACUAGAAAAAUUGAGGGAGAGUGAUUGUUGGAGAUUAUUUGUGACACAUGCUUUUCACGACAGAAAUGUGAGUGAAUAUCCAGAUCUUGAAUCCAUCGGAAGGCUGAUUGUAGACAAGUGUGGAGGGUUGCCAAUAGCCGUGAAAACAAUGGGGAACCUCUUGAGAAAAAAAUUCUCUAAAAGUGAAUGGGAGAAAAUAUUGAAGACUGAUAUGUGGUGUUUAUCAGAGAGAGACAGUGGCAUAAAUCCAGUAUUGAGACUGAGUUACCAUAAUCUUCCUUCAAAUUCGAAGCGUUGUUUUGCAUACUGUUCCAUAUUUCCCAAGGGCUAUAUGUUUGACAAGAAUGAGUUAAUCAAAACGUGGAUGGCAAAUGGUUUGUUGAAUUCCUACCAAAGUAACAAAAGUAAAGAAGAGUUGGGUAGUGAGUCAUUUGAUGAUCUUGAGUCAAUUUCAUUUUUCCAAGUAUCACUAUAUUUUCAUGGUCAUUUUGUCAUGCAUGAUCUUGUCAAUGAGUUGGCAAAAUCAGAGUCUCGAGAGUUUUGCUUACAAGUAGAGGGUGAUAAAGUGCAAGAGAUAUCUGAAAGGACACGCCACAUUCGGUGUUCUCGUAAUUUGAAAGCUGGCGAUGGGAUAUUAAAGUAUAUUUAUAAAGCUAAGGGAUUACACAGUUUGUUGGUAGAAGAUGGUGGCGAAUGCUUCUUGAAAAGCAAAAAUGUGCAAUGUGAUUUGUUUUCAAAGCUAAAAUUUCUGCGGAUGUUUUCAUUUAGGGGUUAUGGUUUUCCAUAUGAAAAUCUAGAACUAGCAGAUGAGAUAGGCAGUUUAAAUCUUUUGCGUUAUGUAGACCUGUCUUGGACAUAUAUUAAAAGGUUGCCCAACUCUAUCUGUAUGCUUUAUAACUUAGAGAGAUUGGAAUUGGAAGGGUGUUAUAAUUUGACUGAAUUUCCUUUAGAUUUUUACAAACUUGACCGUUUAGGCCAUCUUAAUUUGGAAGGAACUGCAAUAAAGAAGAUGCCAAAGAAGAUAAGAAAACUAACCCAUCUACAUACGCUGACUAAUUUUGUUGUGGGAGAGUCGAGUGGGUCUGAUAUUGAGGAGUUAGAAAGUCUCAAUCUUCUUCAAGGAAAAGUUUGUCUUUCAGGAUUGAACAAUGUCACUGAUCCAACACAUGCCGUAAAGAGCCGUUUGCAAGAUAAGAAGUUUUUAGAAGAAAUACAUAUGAUAUUUAAUGGUUCAGUAGUGGAAAGCAAUGUGUCUGUCUUGGAUGCCUUUCUACCAAAUAACAAUCUGAAGAGGCUCACUAUUGAGAAUUACAGUGGCAAUAUGUUUCCAAAUUGGCUAAGUGGAUGUGAUUUACCCAAUUUAAUAUCUCUUAAACUGCAGAACUGUAAUGGAAUAAAGAUCUUCGGCAAUAACUCAACAAAUGUUCCGUUCAAGUCCCUUGAAGUUUUGGAAUUUAACUUCGUGUCUGAAUGGGAGGAAUGGUUAUGUAUUGAUGGGUUUCCUUUGCUUAAAGAGCUUUCUAUAACAUGUUGUCCCAAAUUGAAAGGAGCACUGCCUCAACACCUUCCUUCAUUACAGAAAUUGAUGAUUAGGGGUUGCAAAAUGCUGGCCGUAUCAAUUCCCAUUUGUGAUAAUAUCAUAGAGUUAAGAAUAUCGAAUUGCGAUCGAACUUUGAUAAAUGAGUUGUCAUCCAACUUGAAAGAGUUCAGACUUGACGGAAAUCAGUAUGUUGAGUUCUCCAUGGAUCAUUUAAUCAAAAAUCCCAUUCUGGAAGUGUUGGAUUUGGAUUUCAAGGACUUUGUAGAAUGUCCCUCUUUAGAUUUGUGUUGUUAUAAUUCUCUUUCGUACCUUUCAAUAACAGGUUGGCGGUUCUCCUCCUUACCUAUUUCACUACACUUGUUCACCAAUCUAUGUAUUCUAAAGUUGUUUGAUUGUCCAAGGCUGGAGUCUUUUCCAAUGGGGGGUUUGCCUUCCAACUUGGAGUCCCUUUUAAUAUACAAUUGCCCAAAAUUAAUUGCUUCCAGAGAGGAGUGGGGUUUAUUCCAACUCAAUUCUUUGACUCAUUUCAUAGUUAGUGAUGAUUUUGAAAACGUGAAGUCAUUCCCCGAGCAGAAUCUACUGCCACCAACUCUCACGGAUCUCUAUUUUAGCAAAUGUUCAAAGCUAAGAAUAUUGAACUACAAGGGAUUUCUCCACCUCAAAUCUCUUGGUAGUAUAUGGAUUGACAACUGCCCUAGUCUUGAGAGUUUGCCGGAGGAAGGUCUACCCAACUCCCUUUAUAAUUUGUACAUUGAAAAUUGUCCAUUACUUGAAGAAAAGUACAAAAAGGAGGGAGGAGAGCGUUGGCAUACAAUUAGUCACAUCCCUAAAGUGAAGAUUGACUGGAUUGAGCAGCAAUAGAUUAAGCUGUAGGAAAGAGAUGUUUGUCAGAGGCAAGUACAACCCAUGUGUUCAUUUGUUUUCUUAAUUUUUUAUUGGCCACAAUAAUAACACUCUGUAUGUAUUUGAUGUUUAGCAGUGACGUGAUCCUUAAAGAUCUUGCAGACCAAGACAUACCAUUGCCAUCAUCAAGAAGCAUGAUCAGUUUACCAAUCUUUUCAUCAAUUCAAAAGUAUGGAUUCAACUGUUUUCGAUUAUUGUCUGAUCAAUAAGAAUUUGUCUAGUUUCCCUUUGUUAAUUGUCCAAUUUCCCUUUUAUGUAGUGUCUAUUGAGACAGGAUACAAUAAUUUUCUUAUUAUACUAUUGAUCAUCAUCUCUAGUUAUUCAAAACUAUUUCAUGGUAUUCUUCAUUUUCAAGUUUGAAUCAUUCUAUAUAUUUAUAUAAAACGGUUUUAAAUUGCUGAUAUCCUUACAAUAAAUUUCAUGGAUAUUCAUACCUGUCAUUGACUCAUUGUUCAUAGGUGAAUUAGUUUCAUACCAGACUCGGAUAACUGAUACAGGGUCGAGUUUUCUAAAAUAUAGUAUUAGUGUUUCAGUUCAGUAGGAAUGCGAUUAUGGAAUCGAAUUCAACCUUUUAUGGUAGCUGCCGCAUCGCAUAUGCAUAAUGUAUUUUCUGUGUUUUUCUGAACUGUGUAAUGAUCGAUAGACUUUAUAUUGUAUUUGUAUCUGUUGUGUGAUCUCAUUUGACACACAUUCCCAUACAAUUCUUACACGGUAUCGGUAGUUUUAGGUUACACAAUCUUUGUAAAACUUUGGAGGCUUCCAUUCCGAUGGUCAAUAUGCUGUUAGUGAUGACUUUGAAAACAUGGAGUCCUUUCCAAAUGAGAACAUGCUGCCACCAACUCUCAGAUAUGAUGAUCAUCACAAGUUUUGCAUACAAUUGAACUUAGUGAUACUCCAAUUUCUGUUUUGUAUCAACACAUACUGUGCAAAGCAAAUCCUAUUUAUAUACAAAGCAUCUUCCAUUGCAAAUACCUUGCUAAAUUGAAUAGUGAUGAAAAAGAACAACUUGAACUCAUUCUUGCUGAAAAUGAUGUUCUCAAAAUGCUCAAGCAAUUCCAUUGCACAUUCUUUGGUGUAUGUCAUUUCUAAUUAUCUCCUCUUGAUAAAAGUUCUUCCAAUUUUUGGUGUAUGUUGGUUCUCUAAUUUAGUAGGUGUUGUCAUGGAUACUACCUUUAAUUUUCAGUAUUACUCAGUACAAACUAUUUUAAAGGUGACUAUUUUCAGUAUUUUAAAAAUUUAAGCUUUGUUGGACGUGUUUCUCUCUCUAAAUCUGUGAUUCAAGCGAUUCCCGUAUAUUCGAUGAUGAGAACUUCCAUUCCAAAGUGUUGUAUGAUGGAAAUCCUUAAAGACAAAUAUAGCAUAAACAAUGAUGAGGGAGAAGUGGUGACUGUCAAGUCCACUUAUUCUUUUCCUUGGAAAGACAUAGUCAAAGGUUGGGAACACAUUCGGAGGUUUGUGGCAUGAUUUUGAGG